GCUCAAGCUGAUAUACUCAUCAAGUAGACAUCAACUCCUCACUAAAAAUCAAAUAUAAUGCUGCCAUUAUUUCUUUCCUUGUUAAUUUUCUCCCCAUUUUUUUCUAAAGAAUGUAGCUCGCAACAUGUUGCACCUGCCUUAUAUGUGUUUGGUGAUUCAUUAACUGAUAAUGGUAAUAAUAACCACCUUAAUGCUGCUAAGGCCGAUUUUCGACCUUAUGGUAUUAACUUCCCCGGCGGAAUCAGCACUGGAAGGUUCACCAAUGGCAGAACUUUACCAGAUCUUAUAGCUGGCUAUCUCGGAUUGCCAUACCCUCCAGCUUAUCGUGGAGAUGUCAGGUCCCGGACAGGAUACAACUACGCAUCCGCAGCCUGUGGUAUACUACCAGAAACUGGGAGCCAUCUGGGCUGCUUGGAUUUUGAUGCACAGCUUAGCCUCUUCGAGAAAACAAUUGAUGAAGAGUUAGGCCCAUGGUUCGUAACUCCAGCAAAACUAGCUCGAUACUUGGCCAACUCCAUAUUCUUCGUAUGGUCCGGCAACAACGAUUAUCUCCUAAAUUAUUUUCUUGAUCCAAGCCCAGUUAUCAAUCCUCAAGAUUUUGCACAACUUCUUAUUGAUAGAUUAUCAGAUAAGUUAAAGAGGCUACAUGAAUUGGGAGCCAGAAAAUUACUAGUGUUGGACAUGGGUCCACUUGGAUGUAUUCCAGUUUACCGUAAGAAUGGUGGGCAUAAUGAGACAUGGUGUAACGAUGAUUUUAAUUCCUACGGAAAAAUGUUCAACGAUUUACUUGGUCCCCUGAUACAAAAUAUGAGUACCACGUACAAAGACACAUACUUCACUCGUGGCAAGGUUUAUGAUAUAAGCAAUGAUGCAUUCAGAAAUCCUGCUAAGUAUGGUCUGACCAACGUUCACAGUUCAUGUUGCACAACUUUAACUGGUGGUGUUGCAAAUAAUAUUCCAUGCUUCCCACUCCUACCAUCGCAAUAUCCAUGUGACCAUCCAGAUGAAUACUUAUUCUUUGAUGGUGCUCAUCCAACGGAAGCUAGCUUCCAAAUCUUGGCUAAUCCAUGCUUUAAUGGCGCUGAUGUUUGUGUUCCUUACAAUAUCAAACAACUUGUUCAACUGCCAACUAAUUCAGCCGUUUUGCGUAGUGCAGCAUAAUUAAUCAGCUUGGAUCAUACAUGCAACUAUUAAGGGAUAAAUAAAAGGACUUGUAUUUGUAAUUAAAAAUUCCUAUGUUGUUGCUAGUUUGCUACUAAAGUUUUCUUAUGCUAUCCUUUCCUUUAUCUUGCAUUUUAAUAAAUCCUUAUUGUGGCAUUAUAAA